AUGUCGUCCUACCCUCCCGAGAUCAGCGCCUCGGAGGGCGAGAGGUUGACGGAAGUAGCCAAGGACUGGUGCAUAGCCCACGGCCUCGUCGUCCGACCACCUCCCGCCGUGGUUGCGGCCGGCCAAGACCCGGGCAACAUCCUGGCCACGGCCGUGCCCGUGACCUUGUUCCCCAGUCCCUUUCCGAAACUCUGCUUCGACCAGGGUGCUCACGUGCAAAAGACGUACAAUGACUUGUACGCGGCCAUUAGCCGUGACGAGGACUUCCUGGCCCAGAUUGUGAAGGAGAUUGGAGACAGUGAUGAAUUCACGCAAGCGCUCUGGAAAGUCCACCUGAGGGUUAAGGAGGAAGGCUAUGUGCAGCCUCUCUCGCUGGGCUUGUUCAGGUCAGACUACAUGGUCCACCAAGAGACACCAGAGUCGACACCGCAGGUCAAGCAGGUGGAAUUCAACACUAUUGCUUCCUCAUUCGGUGGCCUGUCCGCCCAGACCUCUCUCCUGCACCGCUACCUCGCGGCCGCCGAGUACGGCCUGCUCGCCAACCCCGUCAUCAAGGGCGCAACCACCCUGCCCGACAACCACAGCGCCAAGGGCCUGGCUCAGGGCAUCAUCCAGGCCUUUACAGCCUACGGAGAAGCCAAAGCCGGGCGGCAAAAGUGUGUCAUCUUCCUGACCCAGGACGGCGAGCGCAACAUCUUUGACCAAAAGCACCUCGAAUAUGAGGUCUCGGCCCCACCGCAGACCAUCCCCGUGUUUCGACUGCCCUUUUCUGAGGUGCUACAACACACCAGGCUAGCCGAGGGCGACGGGCGGCAGCUGCUGUACACGCCGCCGCAACUAUCCCAUCUCACCUUUGAGGUCGCCGUCGUCUACAUGCGCUGCGGCUACGGGCCCGGGGACUACCCGAGCGAGAGCGCCUGGGAGGCCCGGUACCACCUGGAGCGCUCCGCCGCCAUCAAGUGUCCGACGGUCCUGACGCAGGUCGCCGGCACCAAAAAGGUACAGCAGGUGCUCGCAACGCCCAACACGUCCGCGUCGGCUCCCAUCCUGCACCGCUUCCUCUCCCCGGCCACGCACACGACGCUCAAGGACCUCGAGGCCACCUUUACCAACAUCUACCCGCUGGACACCUCGGCAGCCGGCCAGGAGGCGCGUAAGCUGGCACUGGACCCGGAGCAGUGCAAGCGGUACGUGCUAAAGCCGCAGCGUGAGGGUGGUGGCAACAAUAUCUACCGGUCUGCCAUUCCCGAGUUUCUGCGGUCCAAGCCCGAGGAACACUGGGGUGCGUACAUCCUGAUGGAGCUCAUCACGCCGCCACCCGUGCGCAACACAAUCCUGCGCAACGGCAACCUGGAGAGCGGCGGCGUCAUCUGUGAGCUCGGUAUCUACGGCACCUGCCUGUGGGACCAGAACGAGAAGGAUGAGAGCAAGGUUCUGCGCUGGAAUGACAUGGCUGGGUACUUGCUCCGCACCAAGGGAGAUCAGAGCGAGGAGGGCGGUGUUGCUGCUGGGUUUGGGUGUAUGGAUAGUGUUGCACUCAUAUGA